AUGGAGAGGUGUGAAGUUGAGUUGGGAAGGUGUGAAUUACGGGCAGGUUUGGAUGCGGGAAGGUUAGGGGGGAGAUACCUGCCUGGUCUGCUGGUUCUGUGGAAUGUAGAGGAGGAAGUAGUUCAGGACAAUAGGAGGGUCGAGUUUAGGGCUGGGGUCGGGGUCGGGCUUGAGGUCGGGUUUAGAGUCGUGGGUAUUUUGGUGGGGAUUUGUAGUGAGAGUGUUGAUAGUAAUAAUGAUAAUGAUAGUAAGAUGAGAUCGGUUCGUUUUAUUGCUGAGAGAAUAAUCACUAACACUUAA